UUCUUUUUUGAAUUCUGUAUUCUACUUGCUACUGUUCGAAUCCGGCGUGAUCCAACUGUGGGCUGCGUCCAUGGCUUGCGUUUGAACCUCUACUUUGCUUAUUUUCUAUUGCUAAUGCGGCCUGUUUCGGGAAUUUGGUCGAGCAUCUGGGGCCCUUUCGAGUUGGCCUAAUAUCGCCUUCUUCACUCAGUGUGUGCGUCUGCGUCAAACAAGAAUCAGAUGAAGACAUUACUCAAGCUUUUCAUUCUUAAUCUCAAAGAAAUUCUCCUCUUUUCUGCUCUAAUCAUCAACGCCUUUACCUAUUCUCUUGCUAUCUUUACAAGCCAAAUUGAAUCUCAACUUUAAAGGAACAUUAGAAACAACCCCUUUUCCGCGAUUCGUCCAAUUCUUGGGACCCAACCCAUUAUCGUUUUCCUUUUGCUGUUGUCAAGGGAGGGUUAGUGGGGGCAAACCCAGAAUAUGAAGCUUUCUGCAUUGCAGCAGACAUAUGCUGCCCGUCGGGCUAAUAGCUUCAGAGGGUCGUCCUUGGAUUCGUCGGCGGAUAGUCCAAUCAAGUCGUCAGCCGGGAUUUUGUGGCUGAUUCUUCAUGGGUUUUGUUGUCUCAUAAGUCUUGUACUUGGAUUUCGCUUCUCUCGUCUUGUAUUUUUCCUUUUCUUCUCUACUUCCAACCCCACUACCCUCUACUUGACUCCUUUUCGAUCUGUUACUAACCUCAACAUUCACUCUACUUCGCUUCCAAAUCCGAUUGUAAAUAAGACGACGCCUGCGACCAUUUCCACUUCGAGUAGCCGCGUGGUUGUUGGGAGGCAUGGAAUCCGAAUCCGGCCAUGGCCACAUCCAAACCCAAUUGAAGUUAUGAAGGCUCACCAAAUCAUUGAGACGGUACAGAGGGAACAGAGGCGUCAAUUCGGGGUCAAGAAUCCACGGAAGAUAAUUGCUAUAACUCCAACUUAUGUGCGGACUUUACAGGCUCUCCACAUGACUGGCGUUAUGCACUCGCUGAUGUUGGUCCCUUACCCGCUGGUUUGGAUCGUGGUGGAGGCCGGUGGAAUCACCAAUGAGACUGCUUCAAUUCUUGCUCAGCCUGGGCUGGAGACUAUCCACGUUGGGUUCAAUCAGCGGAUGCCGAAUUCUUGGGAGAGUAGGCAUCGAAUUGAGGCUCAUAUGAGGCUUCAUGCCUUGAGAAUUGUGAGCAAAAUGAUGCUGGACGGAACUGUGAUAUUUGUGGAUGACAGUAAUAUGUAUAGUAUGGAGUUUUUUGAUGAAAUCCAGAACGUGAAGUGGUUUGGUGCUCUGUCUGUUGGGAUUAUUGUUCUGUCUGAUAAACAAGAUGAAUUAUCAGAGGAGGUGGAGAAGCCAUCAAUCCCUGCUCAGGGUCCUGCUUGCAAUUCUUCCAAUAAGUUGGUUGGUUGGCAUACCUUCAAUGCGCUUCCAUAUGCUGGAAAGAGUGCUAAAUUCAUUGGUGACAAGAUAUCAGUUCUUCCGAGGAAGCUGGAGUGGUCUGGGUUUGUUUUGAAUUCCAAGUUGCUAUGGAAAGAUGCAGAAGAUAAGCCAGAAUGGGUUAAUGAUUUUGAUACAUUGGAUGUCGGUGACGAGGCUUUAGAGAGUCCACUAUUUCUUUUGAAGGAUGCAUCGAUGGUUGAGCCUCUUGGAAGUUGUGGCCGCCAAGUUUUGGUCUGGUGGCUCAGAGUUGAAGCUCGUUUCGAUAGCAAAUUUCCUCAUGGGUGGUUAAUUGAGCCUCCUUUAGAGAUUAAUGUACCUGCAAAACGGACACCAUGGCCGGAUGUUCCUCCUGAGCUCCCAACUGAUGAAAAAGCUGUGAUAAUCAAGCAAGAAGAAACAUCUAAGCAUCCUGCAAAGACUCAUUCAUCCAGAUCCAGAAGAAGUUCUCGAAGCAAGAGAAAGCGGCAGGAACCAAAGUGAUUGAUACUCGAAUCAAACCUGAGAGAGACAUUCUGAGAACUCAAAAAGAUGCUCAUAACACGUCCAUGAUGUUUCUGCAGUUCAAAGAUUGGAUGAUAUGAAUUCAAUGGGGAAUGUCAAUCAGGACAGGCAGGCUGUAUAAUAGUAGGCCCAUCUAUACAAACAAUUCAGUUUUGAUUUCAGACUCUGUUACACUUUUAAAUUUUUUUCUUCAUUAAGGGGUGUGUUAAAGAUCACGUAUUUGUUUA